GGUUUCUUGUUGAAGGUUUCCUGUGGGCUGGCCUCCGCCGCACAACAGGAUUGCACUCGAACACGCCCUGGCGUGCCGCUGGCACGGAGGCGGAUAUGCUGUGUGGGAUGACCACGAGUUCGUUAACAAUUACGACGCAGGGGUCGAGACGGCGUUAUAUCGCAUAGGCAGAUCAGCAUUCGAUAGAAAGUUGUUGCCCUCCCUCGCAAACCCGAAGGGCCAGUCAGGCAGCUACUUCAACGUGAGCUUUCCCAGAGCAGAUCUGUUCUUCUUAGAUACCCGGUCAUACCGAGACCCGCUGCCCUCGCGCGCGCACGGGAAAGACACGGGUGCCUGCGGCGUCUCCAUGCUUGGGAUGGAGCAGAAAAGGACAUUCCGCAGGUGGCUUGCGGACGUGUCACCACGAAAGUGGGCCGUCGUAGUUUCAAGUGGCAUGCUCAAUGACUAUCCCGGGGACGAGGAAUUCGACAUGUCUGGGGACUGUGCGAACGUUGAUUGCAGCAGCGAUGUGUGGUACAGGUACAAAGAUGAGCGUGACGAGAUCGUUGACAUGGUUGCUGGUGCGACACCGAAUGCACUUUUCCUGAGUGGCGACUCGCACUACGCAGGAAUGUUCAAGCUUCCCAGCAACACAAGCAACAGUGUUCUGGAGGUGUCUGCUUCGCCGCUCGGAGCCUUCAGUUUCUUACCACCUGACUCGGCAGUGGAGGCGAUGAACAACGGAGGGGAUGUAGUGUGGAUAGGAAGCGCUGUUGACAUGACUCGGGUAUUCGGAGAAGUUGAGAUUUCCCACGACAUGGCUCUCACAGCCCGUAUUUUCUCUGUGGACGCAGGUGGUGAGGCCAGGCAGCUUUUUUCCCAUACGCAGCAGUUUACAGAUGCGCCUAGUAAAGUAGCCCAGGGGUAGAGCCCCCAGGGGUAUCCCAGGGGUAGGAGCCCCGACCAGCGCCACGGCGUAUGUGAUCAGCACCCCGGCGGUCGGAACCCCGACGGGCACGAACACUCUCCUGUGCAGCGCAGACUUCGGUGCCUGGCUGCCAGCUGAAAGAACCAGGUUGUCUUAUCAGUACGUCUUGGCAGAGAGUUCGUCGCCCAGAGGGCCACGGCGACGGAGAGACACAACGUAGCAGACGAGCAGUCAAAGAGACGCGGGGGCAUACAAGAUGUGCCCCACUUGCAUCCGAGCGCACGGUUUUCAUUCCCAACCUUCCUGCGUUAGGUUCUCGCUUUGAAUGCAGUACUGGGGCCGCCACCUUCCUCCUUCCCGACUCCCCUCUUCCCUCUUCAUCUUCCUUCCUGCCUCUUGCCUGGGUCGCACCUGCCUGCCAGCCUGCCUGCCUUGGCGUCCUACGUGACCUCGCAAUGCCGUGGGGGGUGCCAUCUGCGAAGCUGUCGCCACAUUCGAGGGCCGCCGGGGGUCCAGCGCAAUGACG